AUGAGCGAGAAUAAGAUAACAGAUCUAAUGCAAGAGAGAAUUUCAUUGAUAUACCAAAUUAAAAAUUUACGACAAAAUAAAUGUGAUCAAAACACUAUUCAGGAAGUUGAAGAAGAACAGAUUCAAAAUCAUGAAAAACGUCUGAACGAUAUAGGGCACGAACUAAAAGAAGAGGUGUAUCAUUUGAGACAGUUAACUGACAUUAUUGAAAGUAAAAAUAGAGAUACUGGCGUUUCUAAUACAAAAAACUCAAUUGUUCGGGGACAGUCAGAUAGCUCCGAAAAAAGUAAGAAUUUAAAAUUAAAACCAAGCCUCAGUAAGACUUUUGAGAAAAAUUCAGUUGCGUUAGACACCAGUCAAGAUAUUAUAGAAAUGCAAGACAGUACAGUUUUCUUAAAUAUUCCAAAAACCAAUGAACAUAUCUCCUCAGAUACAUUUAUCAAUGUUUUAUCGACUCCAACACACUUCACAAAGUCCAAUUCGGAAUUGUGUACAAAACUUGAAUCACAACAUAAAUCUCAAAAUUACGAAAAUAAUCAAAACAAUGGUCUUACUGAUAAUUCUGAGAGACAAUUUUUCGACUUGGAAAAGGAUUCAUGGGAAUAUAUAAACACAAAUAAUAGUAAAGAUGAAAACUACAUUGGAAACCAAGAACAUCACAAUUUUGAUAGCGAAUUCUCGAAUAUUAAUGGAGAAGAUUAUAAUUAUUACAGAAGAUUAUCACAAGAAAGACAACAAAAUCAAAAUAAUUUUCGAUCCGAAUUUUCCAAUUACAAGGACAAUCCAAACCGCCACCAGGGAAAAUCGUUUUUCAGAUAUGCAAAUAGUUAUAGAGAAUUUUAUGACAACUUAGAUACAAAACGAGUACAAUUUCCUAUAUUAAAUUUGCGGGAACUACCAAAUUAUACAGUCAAACAAGAAGAUAAUGUUCUAACGAAUAAUAACCGAAUAGACUCUUCGGACGAUUUUAACGAUAAUAUUCAACCAAUUCUAAAUCAAAAUACUUGUUUUCAAAAUGGACAUAAUUUUCGUACGCAUCAAGCAAAUCCAAAUCAACCGAAACAGUAUAAUUCCAUUUCAUCGAACUCAAAUGAAUUCUGUGAAGUUCUUAAACGUGAUGAAAAUUUUGAACUAGAUUUCAUAGAUUCGUUAAUCUCAGCCGUGCGUUCAAUUGUAAAUUCCACUAUGAAUAAUCAAAGAAAUUCAAAUUUGAGGUCGGAUCAAUACCAGAAUUUUAAUAAAAAAGGGAGUAAUAUGAGUCAGAUUUGGGAUGGCAAUAUGGAGGAUUUCAGUUAUAGUAAUAAUAAAAUUUUCAAUCAGAAUCGUCGUGGGAAGCGAAAUCGUCGUACACAACGGUCGAGGAGCUUUGCGAAUCUUCUCAAAAGAGGAUUUUAA